ACACUUUCAAAGCCCCCCAGAACCAUAUAGUUAGAAUGUCCUCCACUGCGACGCCUAAAACCCCCGCUGUUCCCCGACUCAGUGCAAGCCUAAUCCUACUGAACCCUCAAAACGAGCUCCUCCUCGUCCACCGACCCACCCACUCCAGCACCUUUCCCAAUUCCCACGUUUUCCCAGGGGGUGUUGUCUCUCUACAAGAUAAUUCCACCCCGGCCACGCCGCUGCUGGAGACCCUAAAACUCUGCGCGCUCCGCGAGACAUUCGAAGAAACCGGCAUUCUCCUAACCACUACUCCCCCACCACCUACCCUAACCCCAACAGUGCUGGCCGAAGCCAGAAAGGCAAUCCAUGACUCGACACUAACAUUCCCAUCCUUCCUACAGUCAUACGGCUUAAUACCAAAUACCAGCGCUCUGCACCCCUUCACCAAAUGGAUAACUCCCGAAACCAUGGUCCGGCGCUUCAAAAGCCAGAUCUUUGUCACUUUCGUCGACGACAAGCAGGUGCCCAGCCAUGACGGCGGGGUGGAAGUCCUCUCAGCGAGGUACUUGACGCCCUCGCGCGCCCUAGAAAUGUCGGAGCAUGGGGAAAUGGUGUUCUUCCCGCCGCAGUUUUAUUUGGUCUGGAGGAUUGGGGAGUUUCUCUCUGGGGAGAAUUCGGGAGAGGGGGGAAGGGGAAAAGUGCUUGAGAUGGCGGAUGGGGAGUUUGGCGCGAUGGUUGUGGAACCCCACCCUAUCCGCUUGCUGGAUGGUGGGAAGAGAGUGGUCAUGGGGUUGGGCGAGAGGGGGGACAAGGAGUGGGCUAUUGUCAUUGAGAUUCCUGGUGAUGGGAAAGGGGGGGAGUCAAAGGGGGCGGAGAUGGUUAGGAGGGAGGAUGUGGCAAAGUUGUAGAUUGGAAGGGUUGCACUCAGUUCUAAUCGAGUAUACAAACCC